UACGCUCAAUCUAAGUCACAGUUCAAUGAUUUAUUUCGCAAGUGAUGGUCAUUUAACGCAACAAAUUUAGGAUUUGAUAUCAAAUCCAAGCUUGACGACCACAGUGAUGAAAAACUUCGUCGGCAACAGGAGUCUACUGUUGACAGAGUCAUUGUUUUACUUAAGCUGGCGUCGCUUGCCACCCGUGACAGAGUCCAUGUAAAGGUACGAGCUUAGCACUUGACAAACAGAAAUGCCCUCAGCUCAAAUGGAACAGCUGCUUGCAGAAGACGGAGGACCCACGGAAGCUUUUUAGCCAGUCUCUAAACGAACCGACGUGAUCAGUGCGAUCUCUUCGAUCUCAAUAGGUGUGAUCGCCGACCACAGUAACAACGUGAAGGAUUCUUACAAUGUGAAUAAAUCUAGCACACUGGCGAUAAGAAAACCUCGGUAGCGAGUGCAGUAAGCCCCUAAAACGAGUGUUACACGUUUUCCUUGAGUCAUGGUUAAUCAGUCAACUAGAGAAAUAUACCCAUGCGAAAUUGAAACAUGUCACAGAACACGUAUGUUGGGUCACGCCGAGCUCAGGACAUCGUUGAUUUUCGCUUGCUGCAACAAUUUUGCGACGAAAUGACGCCGCUUGGUAUUGUUAUUUGUGUUCUAUUGAUGUCGGUCGAGGACAUGGCGUAUCGCGAAAUCGGUGGAUAUACUUACGGUCGAGAUUGGGGUUACGAGAGCGAGAUCGCGCCUCAGUCCUGGCGAAGGAAGUUUAAGAACUGCGCUGGAAAACGGCAAUCGCCUAUUAAUAUUGAAGUGUCGAAGGUCGUAGUGAAUUCAUCACUAGGUCGCAUUCUCCUACAUGGCUUCAAAGAUAAACGUGUUUACACAGUGAAAAAUAUCGGAUCGACAGUAUUGGUGCUUCCAGCGUCUGCCGAUCCGCCCAUAAAACUUGUCAGCGAAAAUGGGGAAGAACGGUACCAUUUUCACAGUUUACAUUUCCACUGGACAUCGGAACAUGCCAUCAAUAGCCAGUACUAUUCGCUCGAAGCUCAUUUUGUGCUCUACAACGAAAAGUACAAUAACAUGGCUAAUGCGAUUAAAUAUCAAGAUGGUCUUGAGGUGGUCUCAACAAUGUUUGCUCUAUCGCCGUAUUCGAUGAAUCCCCGUCUGCGUGUCUUGAUGGAUGCGGUAGCCCACGUACUUGAACCCGACUUCUCGGUUAACGUUACAAUGGCGCUGGAGGAUAUACUCCCGGCCUACAUUUCCGCCUAUUUCAGAUAUCCGGGCUCUCUCACCGUGCCCACAUGCGAUGAGGUGGUAACAUGGACUAUGUUUUAUCCGCCGAAUUAUAUCGGUCUAUACCAGUUGAAGCUGUUUCGUUUCUUACAUAGAUUGGCCAUUAAUAGCAAACUAGACUCGUGGCGGAAGCUCAAUAAUCGGAGACCCCUCCAAUCCCUCAAUGGACGCGCUGUACAGAUGUACGCUACAAGUUAUGCACCGCUAUACGCUGGCUGAGUGUUUGACCCAAGGACUUCGUGUUGGUGACUCAUGGCACACUCGUGGAACAGCGUCCAGACACCAUAAAUCAAUAGCCCAUAGCAAUUACAUUAGAUCCAGUCGCCUGGUCACUCAUUCACCUAGAUAAUUAUUAUUAGUAAUACUCGACAAUUCUAGAUAAUCUGUCGUGUGCUAAUGACAGUUAGUAGAUUGAAGAUAAGGGUUAGUUUUGGAAUUAUUUUUGAUUUUCUAUUUUAAAUAGGGGAAGGCCUCUUCAAACCCGCAAUGAGCUAACUGGCUUUCUGUCCAAUUGGUUGAUGACGCAAUUACUUCGGGCGUAUUUUAUUGUUCAGAUUACGGCUGCACGUGCAGUUAUUCAGUAUCCGCGAGUUCAGAUAGCAUCUUAGUGGUAACUGCAAGCCGUUCGUCAACAAGGCGGGAAAUAGUCUGCAAGUAAAAUAGAAAAUGCUAAUUAUGAUAAAUUAGCGGAUAAAUGAUUCCUAUUCAUGAUAGUAAAUCGAUAUUCAGUCAUUAAAAAUAUGAAGCAUUGAUGGCAAGUUGUUUCAGAGUAGAAAACGAAUUAUUGUCUUUGGUGUUAGAUAUAAUGUUAAUUGAACGCAAGAGUAGUGGUUCAAGCAUCUUUCUGGCUCACACGUACAUGUUCAUGUGCAGAAAAAAGACUGCGAUAAGCACGUUUAAGCGGUUUAUUGAGAUCACUUUAGAUUAAGAUUAGUAUUAAAUAAAUUUUAAAUAAAUGUUUACAAUGAAAACGUUUUUAAAAGCUAAAUUAAAAAAUUAAUG